AUGGCGAGUCGAUCUCGGACUUCUCUUCUAUUGCUCAGAGCUCGAAUUUCUUCUACCCCCUGUGGGAGAUCCAUUCGACCAUUGGCACAAUUGCGGUGGCAAUCCGCCUCAAGUACUACAACCACGGAGGGGAGUGAAGGUGUUGCAAAAGGAACGACUGCCCCCCCGAAAUUGGUCAAAUUCACGUCCGAAGCGUAUCCAGAGAUACAGCGCGAUUCGAGAUUCGCGAAACUUACAGAAAAGCAUGUCAAAUUCUUUAGAGAGCUACUGGGAACGGAAUCUGCAGUCAUAGAUGGGGUGACCAAAGACGCUACAGACGACGUCGAAGCCUUUAACAGCGAUUGGAUGCGGAAAUAUCGGGGGCAUACGAAACUCGUAUUGAAGCCUGGCUCCACGGAGGAAGUUAGCAAAGUACUUAAAUACUGCAAUGACAAUAUGUUAGCAGUGGUGCCGCAAGGAGGAAAUACUGGUCUCGUCGGUGGUUCUGUGCCAGUGUUCGACGAAAUUGUCAUCAACGUUAGCCGGAUGAAUCAAAUAAGGUCAUUUGAUGAAGUCUCUGGGUCGCUUGUCGCGGAUGCUGGCUGCAUUUUAGAGGUGGUGGAUAACUACCUUGCUGAGCAAGGUUAUAUAUUCCCACUGGAUCUCGGUGCCAAAGGAUCUUGCCAUAUCGGAGGCAACGUUGCAACGAAUGCAGGAGGGCUACGGCUUUUGAGAUACGGAAGCUUGCACGGCAAUGUGCUGGGUAUUGAAGCAGUGCUACCAGAUGGAACCAUUGUGGACGAUCUCUCAAAAUUACGGAAGAACAAUACCGGAUACGAUCUAAAACAGUUAUUUAUUGGCGCAGAAGGCACCAUUGGAAUCAUUACCGGUAUCUCCAUACUCUGCCCUCAGCGCUCAAAGGCAACCAAUGUUGCGUUUUUCGGCCUUGAGUCAUACGAGAAGGUUCAACUGGCGUUCAGAGAAGCUAAAGGGAAGCUUGGCGAGAUUCUCUCAGCCUUCGAACUCAUGGAUGCCAACAGUCAAGAUCUCGUCCAUAAGGUCACAAAGAACAAACGCCCACUGGAAGGCGAGCAUCCAUUUUACUGCUUGAUCGAGACUAGCGGGUCAAAUGCUGAGCAUGAUAGUGAGAAACUCGAGAAGUUCUUGGAGGAUGUAAUGGAGAAUGAGAUCGUAUCCGACGGUGUUGUUGCGCAAGAUCAGACCCAAAUCAAAGCACUGUGGGGUUGGCGAGAGGGUAUUCCCGAAUGCCUCGGCCACUGGGGUGGUGUCUAUAAGUACGACGUGUCAAUACCCAUACAGGAACUAUAUGAUCUCGUCGAUGACACCCGGGAGAAGAUGGAUAAAGCCGGUUUGAUUGGAGACACCGAUGAGUAUCCAGUUGUCAAGGUCGUUGGAUAUGGCCAUAUGGGCGACUCGAAUUUACAUCUCAAUGUGGCAACACGCCGAUUUGACAAGAAGGUCGAGAAGGAGUUAGAACCUUUUGUAUAUGAGUGGAUUGCAAAGAGGAACGGAAGUAUCAGUGCAGAGCACGGGUUGGGAAUCGCGAAGAAGAAUUUUAUUGGAUACAGUCGAAGCGAUACGAUGAUUGCUUUGAUGAAGCAGAUCAAGAACCUUUAUGACCCUGUAAGCUUUCCGCCCCUUGAUGAUCAAUCUGCCCUUGACUAA